UCUUCCAACCAAGAAAUAAAACAGAAGAAGAUGAGUGACGAUGCUUGCUAACAUAAAAAUGUAUUGAGGUAGCACAACAGUUGAGAAAUUACUUUUCUUUCCCAUCAAAUUAUGUGAAAGGCUAAUCGGAACACAACCAAGAGUUUUUCUACAAAGAUGGAGUCUCCUUGCCUGACUACUGACAUCCGCCUUGAAGUGUCCCAGUGUUUCCGGAGUCUAACCUUGUCAGCCUCAAAACAAGAUGCCAUCCGUGCCCUCCAAACCCUCCGCUCAUACUUGGAAGAAGCUCCUGGGAAUGCGAGCACUUCGUUCCAAAGGUCUCACUUCACUCGCACGCUUCAAGUCCUGAUAAAGAACAUGCAAGCCGACUGGUUCCACGAUUUGACAGUGGCACAGCACUCUGAAUUAUGGGAUGUCCUUUUCUUGCGAGGACCUCCUGAACAGGUUCUGCUGGUGCUGAUGGAGGGAAUUGGUGAGCUAAGACCUGGUUCAAAUCUGGACCACUUGGUCAGCAUCACAGAGAAGUUCCUCCAGAGCGGCCGUCUGGCCGACCUGCUGUGGUCCUACUGUCUGACCACGGGUCCCGUUGACUCCCCCCAGCUCCGAGAGACCUUGCUAACACGUAUCGUGGCGCUGCCUGACCUCACUGCCAAUAAAUUGAAGCACAACAACAAGGCCGCCUUCCUUCCUCAGCACUACUAUCCUCUGUUGGCUAAAGAGAUGCUCACUGCCUUGGAGCGCACUUGCAAUGCACUCAAAGGUGGCACAAGCUGCUCAUUGACGUUUGUGGCUCAGACACUCGGAAAACUCUGCGCCCAUGGACAUAGUCGUUUGUUGUUCGCCGUGAUGGCUCCCAAAAUGUCCAGCUCCACGCGCACAGACAUGGUGUGGCAGAGGGUUUGCUGCAAGCUGCUGGAAAAUGUUCCCCAGCGCUGGACGGAAAGCGUAAUUAUCGGGCUGGUGCAGGCCGUUCAUGGGCCUGAUGCGUUGGGUCGAAUCAUGAGCAAUCUUGUGUUGACAAAUAAGACAGCCCAGUUUGUCAUCACACAUAAACUACUUUUGCUACAAUACCAAUACGAUACGGGAAUGUUGAGAGUUGUUCUGGGUUACCUUGCUGCUGAUAAGGACAGAAGACCGCUGCUCAUCCAAGUGUUGCGCUCCGUGUCCCAAGCGUGGGCCAACCCAAGCGCAGUGAAACACACUCCUGUGGAGCAGCAGUUGUACGUCAGCAAGGCACUGCUGCUCUGCGUCUGUCUGCUGCAUGAUGCUGAGCUGCAGGAGCUGCGUUCAGAGCUUCUGCAGUGCCUGCUCGGAGGCAUGCAGAGCCACCUGGACAGCAACGUGGUCCGCAUCAGGCGUAUGGGAAUGGUCGUGGGCGAGUGUCUGAGCUCCCGCAUGAAUAUCAACGGAACCAAGCUUAAAUUUGAGUACGAAGAGGAUGAGGAAACACGAGAGCUGCUUUCUCUUCUGACUCCUUUCAACGUGGACGAAUCAGAGCCUGAAUCUGAAGACGGUGUCAGCCCCCCUGAAGAGAUCAGAGGAAAUCCAUCAAUGACAUCAUCAAAAACUGAGCCAGACUCCGACCUUGAUAGCGAUGAUGAGUUCACGCCUUACGACAUGUCUGGAGAUCAGGAAAUAAAUAAGGCGUCGCCACCACGCUACCUACGAGAUUGUCUGGAAAAUUUAAUUUCCUCUGAAGAUCCAGAGCGCGUGGAGUUCACUUUACGGGUUGCCGAGGGACUGGUGAGAAAGAACGCUUUUGCGACCAAAGAGAUCAGUGUCCAGCUAAGCAAAGUUCUUCUACACAUGGAGGAUAAGUACAGCAUCAAUGGCUUCCUAGCUCUCAGGCAGGCCACCAUGGUGGCGAUUGUGGUCAGUGACUGUAUCCCGGUGACCGAGUUCCUGAGCACGGAGUUCUACUCCUUAAACUACAGCCUUCGUCAGCGUCUGGAUAUCUUAGAGGUUUUAGCUUUGGCAGCUCAGGAGCUGUCCAAGCCAAACCCGGACAUCCCAAAUCCAAGCGUCACCGCAGAUUUAACGCCGUACUCAGCUGACAACGCUGCACACUGGCGGCAGGUCAUUGAGGAGCGCAUUCAGGCAAAGACCAAACGCAUCAGUAAGGGAGCCUCCCAGCCUCCAACAAAGGCCACAGCUAACCGCUAUGCGCCAGUUGCUGGAUAUUUCUUCUUUCCUUUACUCAGAAAUUAUGACAAGCCUCAGGUGACCUUCGACUUAUUGGGAAGUGACCACCUGGUUUUGGGCAGGCUGAUCCACACCUUGGGUAUCUUCAUGCAUCUGGCAGUGAAUGCACCGGUCGCUGCACAAAUGGGUCGUGCUCUGCUGGACUUUGUGUGGACGCUGCGUUACCACACUGACCAGAUGGUAAGACGAGGCAUCCUCUUCUCCGUCUGCUCCGUGUUCAUGAGCAUGCCCAGUCAAAACAUUUUGGUGGACCUUGCAGACCAGCUUUUUGAAACUAGAUCUUGGCUGGCAGAUGUGGCUGAGGGUGACCUGGAUGCAGAUUGCAGGAGUUUGGCCAUGCAGAGUCUGGUGUUGAUGGAUAAGAGCCUGAAGAAACAGCUUGAAAGUCCGCACGCCCUCAGCAUUGAAUCAUGAACAAAAAUCCACCAGGUCAAAGUGAGGACUCUGUCCUCACAAAAGACUGCAGAUGUUGGUUUCACAGUCAAGGAAGUGGAUGACAUCAAACACCAAUGUCCUUAAAGGUGGGAUGACUUCUUCUCUUCCUGGAACAUGAGGUCAAGCAAAUGAAAAUGAAAGCUUGUGUUGACCCCUGGCUCUACAUAUAAAAAGGUACACACUUGUUCAAACCAAUUGUGGCUUAAAUGACGAAAUAUUUUUCGUCAUUUAAGCGAGGAUAUCCUGAAUUUAGUUGAGGUAUAUUCUUUUGUCUUUCCUGUACAAGCCGAUUGGGUUUGUUUGUCCGCAAAGGACAUCCUGUGAAUAUUUAUGUACAGUACGUAGUCAUAGACACACUAUAAAAAUAAAUGAUGCUUCCUCCUGUGACAAA